CAUAGAGUACUGCCUGGGCUGCAUCUCUAACACAGCCUCUUACCUACGCCUCUGGGCCCUCAGUCUGGCUCAUUCACAGCUGUCUGAUGUUCUGUGGACAAUGGUGCUAAGAAUCGGCCUUGGACUGGACGGCUAUCUGGGCAUUGCUGGCAUGGUCAUUCUGUUUGCCUUCUGGGCAGUGCUGACGGUGGCUGUCCUCUUGCUGAUGGAGGGACUGUCUGCCUUCCUGCAUGCUCUGCGUCUGCAUUGGGUGGAAUUUCAGAACAAGUUCUAUGAGGGAGCUGGCUAUGCCUUCAUGCCAUUCAACUUCAAGCACAUCAUGGACAAUACUGCUACAACCGACAAACUGGAUUAGAAUUGUGCACAUAAUAUUACAGAUGCUACUGCACCCUUACUAGUACCUUGUUCAUUCUAGAGAAGUUUUUUUGACAGAGCUUGUUUUUCUUUGUGAUUGAAGAUUGUUUUGUUUCUUUGUAAGUUGUAUGAUAUUGUUUAUUGGUAGUCUUUUUUUGUUUUUAUCCACAAUGAAAUGUUAGCAAUUGUUAGUGUCUCUUAAUAAAUAAGCCACUUGUUCUUUUCACUCAGAAUAUGUCAAUGUUAGUUUUCAUUUGUUCAUUUUAAUCGGAAUCUUUUGUUUUACUUUUCCUAAGCUUGAUGUCUGGUUUAUUUUUGUGUUUUGUAACGCAUGUUUGAAUUGCAUGUGAUGAAUUCACAUCUUUUUCUUUUGUCUCUUUUUGUUAGUGACUAGUGUAAUUGAUAACCUUGUAUGCAAGGUGUUAUGUACAAGGUUUUAUACCUACAAGUGCCAUCUUUCUUGAAUUUAUACUUAACAUAAAUACUUACCCAAUAUUACUGGCUAAGCCACAUUACAUAUGAAUGGAUUAAGGUAAACUUGAUAGCAGCAUUAAAUCUCCAGUGUGUGUUGAAAAUCACCCUCUUUUGUCUGACCAAGUAAUGGCUUAAUUAUACAAUUUGAACUUUUUUUCAUGCCGAAAGUUUUUGCCUUAUUUGGCACAGAGCAUAUGAUCUAAAAUGUAUAUUUUGAUAUGACUAGAUGUGAUUCUGGUAAGUAUGUAUGAAGUAUGUACAUGUAGACUGAUCACAAAGAUGUUAUACACAUCUGUAGGUGAGAUCCAGAAAAGCCAACAGUGAUAUUAAAAUAGAAAUUAUCCUCAGCAUAAUAAACAAGAUAUGUACUCCGAGCAAAACAAACUUUGGUUUCUUUUUAAUUACAAAGAAGCAUGAAGUUACCCAAUCACACAAA